AGGGCCAAAUUAGAGAAUUUUACAUUGGUUCUGCAACCUUCAGUGAUUGAAGACAUGACUGCCUUUAGACUGGAGUUUCUCUUUUUCACUGCCCUUCUGGGCUCAGUCAAAACGCGAUCUGUUGAUACAACUGGCUUGACGAAUGUCCUGAUGGAUGACAACGUGACAGGUGACAUGUGUCAGGACUGCACUCAGAUUUUUGAGCUUCUGAAGGACCUCUUUUCCAAUGGGGACUUCCAGGCCAAAUUAGCUGCCUCUCUUGAGCAAGUGUGUGAUAAGUUGCCUGCCCAAAUCACUCAAAUCUGCCGCACUGAGGUGGAAAAGAUGCUUCCUUUGGCCAUCACCUUCAUUACCAGCAUGAUGCAACCCGGUGACAUCUGUACAUUUCUUGGACUGUGUGGAGGACGUGACAGUGCCAAGAUUAGAGAUCUGUUGCUUAAUCACGUCAAAAACUGUCCCAGUGCCAACUAUGAAGAUGGAGACGUCCAUUCAGUGCUCGGUUUGCACAUACAUUGUGAGCACACAUGGGUAUCUUUUUCCCAGAGAGAGGACUCAGAGCAUCAUAACUAUCCUGCUGGAGAGUUUGUGCAGAGAGUUUCCUCCUCUGGUUCAGCCACAGUGCAAUAAAAUGGUUGAAAAAUACGUCCAGCUGUUGGUUGACAUGCUACUGAACAAUACUUCAUCUAACUUCAUAUGCACUCUGCUUCGUCUUUGUGAAAUACGGGAGCAUCCCGUCCACGUGGCUGAGGUGCUUUCUGAUUGUGAUUCCUGCCUUACAUUGGCAGUUUUGACUCAUAUGCAUCUGGGCUCCAAUGCCACCGAGCUCCAGGCUGCUUCAUUCCUGAACACCGUCUGCCAACUGCACCCCAGUGCCAUGCCAAAGUGUGAGACUUUUGUGCAGCGUCAUGGGAACCUGCUCAGUGUAUUUCUGAGCAAACAGCAGGGGGCGCUGGACAUUUGUAAGAAGGCAAAUUUGUGUGUUUCUGGUGAGAAGAAGCCUGUCAUUGCUGCUGACCCCUGUAGUCUCGGACCAAUCUACAGCUGCAGAGACCUCCAGACUGCUGUUGACUGUGGGGCAGUUCCCUUCUGUCAGAAGAACGUGUGGGAAUAAUCUGUUUCAGCUGUCUAUACUACAUGGGUCAAAGGUUAUUUGUGUGAGUUUUAACAGUGUCUCAGCAUUAACAAUGUAGCCUAUAUGAAAGGCUGAUGGGCCUACUGGACCAACGCCACAGCAUUUUUCCUCCUUUCCUGGAUUUUCAUGGUUAUAUUUGCUUUUCGAAUUGAAAUUGAGGCUAACAAAGUCACAGGCUUGUAUAAUAUCUUCAGUAAACAAUAUAAAAUAGAACAAACAUGUAUAAAAACAUGUUUUCUGGGGCAGCUAUUAUUUUAACAAAAAGAAAUACUGUUGCUCAAGCAACAUCACUGAUCUCACGAUACUUUCAGUCUUUUCAGUGGUUUGCACAAACCAUCAGUGAGGUCAAUUCAAAGUUCAUUUACAAUAUUAUCUUGCAUACGAAUCAUUACAUUGGGGUGCAUAAACAUUUGAUCAGUAAUAAUGUAAAUUUUUAAACUAAAACAGCACAUUUUCGUGUUCAUUAGAGGAUGUUCAGUAUACUCCCUGUAUUAUGCAAAUAUUUUCUAUAGUAACCAUAGUUUUGGUUAAAAUAUUGUAUUGCAGUUAUUGGUCUUACACUUUGCAUUAGACACCACUGUCAUAAAAAACUAUAGUAUGUCACUAUAGUAUUUGAUCUGAAACUAUUACUAUGGUAAAUUAUUGUAGGGCAUACUAAAUGUUUAGUUUACUUGACACUGUCAAGGCCUAUAAAUGGCAAAAUAGCUACAAUAAAUGGUUGACUCAAUAUUUCUUGACCCUUAAUGUGAAAGUCACUAGUAAAGACACAAGAGUAUUUUUCUCUGUUGAUGUCAUAUCCUGAAAAUGUUUUAUAAUAUAUCAACAUACAGAUACAAAAUAACCUUUUGUGCUAGACUGCAAUGGAUCUGUUUUGCUUCUGGCUUUUGAAAAUUGCUCUUCACCUCUCUUGAAAAUCUUAUGUAGCUUUGUUCUCACGCUUUAUGCACAAAGACAUGUUGAUUUAACCAUAUUAUGGCAUUGUCACUAUAUACUUCCCACUUUUAUUUCAUUGCUGUUAAACAGUAGCUGUAUGUUUGAAUGAAUAAACAAACUUGCUUUCAACUGUGACCAGUCUUAGGCUGUAUACAGGCAUGCCAUGUAUUGUCUUCUAACCUAUGGUAUUUUGCCCUUAGCAAAGGCUCUGUCAAAUAGUGGUUUCCUUACCUGAACAUUUCUGACACCACUGGGAGACUGGAAUUAUGGGAUCACCUUUGAAAAUGACUCCGGCUUUUCUGUCAGAACAGUAUAUCAUAUCAACAGUUUAUAGAGAUUUCUCACGAUCAAAACUCUCAGUACAAUCACAGUGGUGAGGUUUGCACAUUUGUGCAAGUCCUCGUUAUUUAAUGAGUGAUGUAGAAUGACACUGGUUUUGUGGUUUGUCACUGCAAAGGUGACUUCAAAUUUGCCUUAAUGUCUGGUUAAAUUUGGUUUAACUUUUUUUUUGAAGGUUUUAUUUUUAAGCAUUAGUUCUCCAAGGAACGAGGCUGCACUGCUCAAUCCACUCAUCCUAAAACACACACACACGACUAAGGAUCACCAAAUAUGAAACUCUGGUGUUGUUUGUUCACUCUUACACUGAAUUUCCAUCCUUUUUCAGAGUUGUGUCAUUAAUUUGCAAUGGCUUGACACUUGCAAGACAACUUUUUCCCCAUAUUUCUAAGCAUUCAUGUUCAUUUUAACUUGUUUUAGGUUA